AAAAUGUUUCAUUUAAUUUUAUUCAGCCUUCCUGCUGAAUAAAAUGAAAUGAAGUGAUGGAGCAGCAGCAGAAUGGCCACUCUCACUCAGUUGUUUGUAGAUUAACAGCUAUGCUGAGAGGAUUAGUGACAGACUAGAUGCUCCACACAGUCUGAUGAUUAUCACACACUGCUGACAUGAACACAAUAACUUCUCUACCUGAAUAAAACAAAUCCCCAGAUUGAUUCUGUUUGUCCGGUUUAAAUCAGAGCAGUAGCAGGAAAACGACGACACACUGCUGGUUUCUGCUCAGCAGAAAAGCAGCAGAUGUGUGGUCAGCGCUGAUAUCAGAGGAGGGGAUUAAACGAUAACGCUGCUCUGGUGAUUUGUCAGAGCUUUGAUGGGAACAGUUUCAGGAAGCCUGCCAGGCGGAGACGGCGACGCGCUGCAGCUCCGAUCACCGACCCAACAAAACAUUUCAAUCCAAAAGACAAAGUUAUUUUACACCAGCAGGAAAUAAAGAGAAACCAUCAACAGCUGGCAUGAGGCUGGGCAGCGGCGGGCUCCGGCUCCGGAGGGCCGCGGAGCCGUCCGAACACGAAUCUGAGGAGUCGACGGAACCGGCCCAUCACGAGCACAACCACCCGGAACACCACCAUGAACACGCGAACCCAGAACAUCACCCCGCACACGAGUACGACCACAUGAAGGAGAAGUUCAUGAACGAGCUGAGUCACCUGCCAAUUCCUGUGUGGGCAGUGGCGGCCAUCGUUGUUCUGGUUCUGGUUCUGGUGGCCUGCUUCAUCUUCUGUGUUUUCAAAAAAUGUUUUGGGAAAAAGAAAAAGCCGAAGAAAGAGAGGGGGAGGAAGGCCGGAGGUCGGCGCAGGAAGGAGAAGGAAGGAGACGGGGAGUCCGGAGAAAAGGAGGGCGACGUGAAAAAGAACGGAGAGGAAGAAGAGAAAGAACAGGAGAAGUUGGGCAAACUGGAGUUCUCCUUGGACUACAACUUCACAGAUUGUCAGCUCAUAGUGGGAAUCCUUCAGGCUCAGGACCUCGCUGCCAUGGACAUGGGCGGAACCUCGGACCCCUACGUUAAAGUUUUCCUGCUGCCAGACAAGAAGAAGAAGUACGAGACCAAAGUCCAGCGUAAAAACCUGAGCCCUGUUUUCAACGAGACUUUUAUUUUUAAGAUUCCGUAUGCAGAGUUGGGCGGAAAGACUUUGAUUCUGCAGGUUUUUGACUUUGAUCGUUUCUCCAAGCACGACAUGAUCGGAGAAAUAAAGAUUCCCAUGAACAGUGUUGAUAUGGGCCAGCCAAUGCAGCAAUGGAGGGACUUGGAGAGUGGAGAGAAGGAAGAGGAAAAAUUGGGAGACAUUUGCAUUUCUUUGCGCUACGUACCAACGGCUGGGAAACUGACGGUGAACAUCAUGGAGGCAAAAAAUCUGAAGAAAAUGGAUGUUGGUGGUUUAUCAGACCCAUAUGUGAAGAUCGUUCUGCAACAAAAUGGGAAGCGGAUAAAGAAGAAGAAGACGACAGUGAAGAAGAACACGCUCAAUCCGUACUUUAAUGAAAGCUUCAGCUUCGAAGUCCCAUUUGAACAGAUACAGGUGAGCUUCAAAUGAUUUUAACCUCCUAAGACAU